AUGGCGGACGACGAACGGAUAAGAAAUCUGCAGAUGCAGAUGGAGGAGAAAAAAGAAUAUAUAGGAAUACUUGAAAAAAGCUUGGGCGUAGCGGUGAAGAAGAAUGACGAAUUCCUUGAAAACAGGCUGUCGAUACUUAAAGAAGAGAGAAGAACUUUCAUCGCAUCUGUCAAAUAUUUCAUGGAGUUUGUCUGUUGCAAAUUGAGUAAACCAAAGGAAGAAAAGAUUCUUGAUUUACCAUCUCCAGGUCAGAAGAGGCAUUCAUUACAACCGCCUACAAGAACUGCUCCAGCACCAAAUACAUUCAAGCCUAUUAACACAUUAAACCAUAGGGUCAGUCCUACACCUCCAAAUAGAUUACCCCCAUCACCAACAUCCCCUUUUUCCCAUCCUCAUUCAAAUAGUCCUCGUAGAAUAUCAACUCCAAGUCCCACGCCCCCUUGUAGGCCACCUCCAUCUGCACCAGGGCUUUCAAACAGUAAUGUGGAUAGACUUACUCCUAGUCCUACUCCUCCAAUGAGAAUACCUCCCUCAGUGCCAGAUAGUAACAGAGGAAGACCUAGUCCAUCUCCCCCACCAAAGUUCUUUCCACAAAGUCAUGAGCGUUCUAACAGUGGGGGAAAAGGCCCUCCAAUAAGACCCCCUGUCUCUUAUACACAUCUUAUGUAUAUGUACAUGAGUAUAUGUAUGUGA